AUGGAUCGCACCGGCACAAUAAAGCCACAACGGCCACCAGGCUCAACAUUGGCCGAGAGGACAACACGCGAGAAUGGUGGACAGCUGGUGGUACUCAACCAACAGAGAGCAAGAACAUGGAAUCCUCUCAAAAUUGUCGCUAUUGCCUCUGUAUCUAUAACGAUAUGGCUGGCACUGAAAACAAAAGAUAUAUUACAUGGAGAAAAGUUUGAUCCACUCGACUAUCAAGCCAGAGCAUCUCGGGUUCUUUCAGAGACGCCUCUCAUAGACGGACAUAACGACCUGCCAUUUCUUGUCCGGCUCCAGCUGAACAAUCAGAUUUAUGGAAAUAACCUUCCAUUUCGCCAGGGUCUUGCAUCCCACACGGAUCUUAAGCGAAUGAAGCAAGGCAAAGUAGGUGGACAAUUCUGGUCUGUCUUUGUUGAGUGUCCACCUAUCGUCCACCUUGACGACCCAAAUCAUAGCGUCCGGGAUACGCUUGAGCAAGUGGACGUGGCAAAGCGAUUAAUUGCCGAAUACAACGAACUGCGAUACUGCGAGACAGCAGAAUGUGCCCGACGAGCUUUCAAGUCCAAGAAAAUCCCUUCGAUGCUCGGUGCAGAAGGACUGCACCAGGUGGGAUCUUCAAUUGCUGUUAUCCGGCAGUUAUAUGAUAUUGGAGUUCGCUACAUCACUAUCACUCAUAACUGUGACAAUGCCUUCGCUACAGCAGCCUCAACGGUUACCGAGACUGGCAAAGACAACGGACUGAGCGAUUUUGGAAGGGCCGCCGUUCAAGAAAUGAACCGUCUAGGGAUGAUGGUGGACCUCUCCCAUACUUCUCACCGAACAAUGCGAGAUGUCCUGGCCAUGACAGAAGCUCCAGUCAUUUUCUCCCACUCCGGGUGCUACACAAUUGGAAAAAGUCUUCGAAAUGUACCUGAUGAUGUGCUUCGAGCGCUCAAGCACAAUGGUGGCUUAAUCAUGAUCUUUUUUGCAAAAAAAUUCGUUCGACCCGAUGACCCAGACAAAGCAAAUCUGGAGGAUGUGGUGGACCAUAUCUAUCAUGCAGCAUCUGUUGCAGGUUGGGAUCAUGUCGGAAUUGGAAGCGAUUUUGACGGAACUGGCAGUGUUGCUAUUGGGAUUGAAGAUGUUUCCGCAUAUCCGAGGCUCAUUGAAGCAGUCAUGCGGCGUGGUGCAACGGAUGAUCAGGUGCAUAAGUUGGUGGGAAGGAAUAUCCUUCGAGUCUGGCGCGAGAAUGAAAAGGUGGCAGCGCAGAUACAGAAAAGAGUUGAUUCGCGACCUAUUGAGAGCUAUUGGGAAGGAAGAGCUCAGCCGACUUGGGAGGGAUCUUUGCCAACAUUAAAGCUAUCCAAUUAG